AUGAAUCCCGACUCUGAAUUAUUCUUUUCAACUAAAACAUGUGGAGGAGGUAUACAUACUUUGCAGAGAAAAGCAGUGAAUGGUAUAAGUGAAUAUCUGGUAGCUUUCAUCCCUGGUAUUAUGAACUAUGGAAAAAUUUUAAAUGCUCGAAUACCUAUUUUUAAAUUUGAGCAAAAAAUUCUUGGAUUAAAGUGCGAUAUUUCAGUAAAUAAUAUGUCUGCAGUAUUAAUGUCGGAUAUACUUUAUUUUUGUGGAGAAAUUGAUCACAGAGUUAGGCCUUUAAUACAUGCUGUUAAAAAAUGGGCAAAGGAAGCAUGCAUUACAGCAGAAAGACCUGGCUCAUACAUUACAAAUUUCGGCUUAUCGUUAUUAGUGCUGUUUUUCCUUCAGAAUAGGCCAUCACCUAUUUUGCCUCCUCUCAAAGAUGCAUUGUUUAUUAUAGGUGAAGAUCUAACUGUAGAUUUUAGGAUAGAGUAUUUAAAACCACUUUCAGAAUGGCAGACGAAAGCAUCUUUAAAUAAAGAAUCUUUAGCAUUUCUUCUAAAAGAAUUCCUGGCCUUUUUGGGAACAUAUGACUUUAAGGAACAUCAUAUAUCGCUUCUGACUGGUUUAGGUAGAGAAAGAAAUGAUUCUGAGAGAAAGGAAGGUAAUAAUAAUUCUUCACCUAUGUGGGUGCAGUAUCCUGUGGAAGAAGAUAAAAAUGUAACCAAAAACAUCUCACUUCAUGAACUCAAUGAUAUGUGUGAAAAAGCAUGGGUAUCAUCUAAGUACUUUUCAUCAAAGAUGAAUUUAAAAAUAAGUCAUCCAAAUGAAUUGUCAUUAUGUCUUGGUGUAGAGAAAUUGAAGAAAUUUGGAAAUUAUGAUUCUAAAAAAUUAGAUGUAAAUGCAUUGUAUGAUGACCGCACAAACGUGCGCAGAAAGGGAAGACAUUUUUAAUGUCUGUAAAUAAAUAUUUUAUCAUUUA